UCCUUCUGACCUGCGGGGAGAAGCUGCGGCCUGGAUGGUGAGCCGAAUGGGCUGGGGGGGGAGCAGGGGGCGGCUGGGGCGGUGGGGAGAUCUGGGGCCCGGGUCAGUGCCUCUCCUCCCUAUGCCACUGCUGCCUCCUCCUCCUCCUUCUUCAUGUCGGGGUCCCCAGGGAGGAAGGAUGUCCAUCUUCUCUCUGUCCCAUGCCCCUCAUACAAGAAGCUCCCCCUCGUCCUUUUGCCCAUCUGCGCCAGGGCCCCCCUGUGCAGUACUGCAGGGCACGGGGGCUUCUCAGCCUCGCCAUAGUGCCCUCCCCACCCCAGCCACACCCCCAGCACAGGCACAGCCUGCAAUGACACCCACCCCUGCUACCCCCUCCUGGGGCUCGCACUCCACUCCAUCCCUGGCCUUGGGCACUGCCCCGCCCUCGCGCCGGUGCCCCCAGGACCACCCUGGGCUGCGGAUAGGCCCCCUGAUUCCAGAGCAGGAUUAUGAGCGGCUGGAAGAUUGUGAUCCUGAGGGGCCCCAGGACUCCCCCCUGCAUGGGGAGGAGCAGCAACCCCUGCUUCAUGUGUCUGAAGGGCUCUGUGGCUCCUGGCAUCACAUCCAGAACCUGGACAGCUUCUUUACCAAGAUCUACAGCUACCACCAGCGGAAUGGCUUCAUCUGUAUCCUGCUGGAGGAUGUCUUCCAGCUGGGACAAUUCAUUUUCAUUGUCACCUUCACAACCUUCCUUCUUCGCUGCGUGGAUUACAAUAUUCUCUUCGCCAACCAGCCAAGUAACCAUACCAGAACUCAUAGCAAAGUGACUUUGUCUGAUGCCAUCCUGCCCUCGGCUCAGUGUGCUGAGAGGAUCCACUCCAGCCCCCUGCUGCUCUUCCUCUUGGUCCUAGCUGCUGGCUUCUGGCUGUUCCAGCUGCUGCGUUCAGUCUGCAACCUCUUCAGCUACUGGGACAUCCAAGUGUUUUACAGGGAGGCCCUGCACAUCCCCCCGGAGGAGCUCAGCUCGGUGCCCUGGGCCGAGGUGCAGUCCCGCCUGCUGGCACUACAGAGAAGCGGAGGGCUGUGCGUGCAGCCGCGUCCGCUGACGGAGUUGGAUGUCCAUCACCGCAUUCUGCGCUACACCAACUACCAGGUGGCGCUGGCCAACAAGGGCUUGCUGCCCGCCCGUUGCCCGCUGCCCUGGGGUGGCAGCGCGGCUUUCCUCAGCCGUGGCUUGGCACUCAACGUCGACCUGCUCCUCUUCCGAGGGCCCUUCUCGCUCUUCCGUGGGGGCUGGGAGCUACCGGACGCCUACAAACGCAGUGACCAGAGGAGCGCCCUGGCCGCGCGCUGGGGGCGCACAGUGCUGCUGCUGGCCGCGGUGAAUCUGGCGCUGAGCCCGCUGGUGCUGGCCUGGCAGGUGCUGCACGCCUUCUACAGCCACGUGGAGCUAUUGAGGCGAGAGCCUGGUGCUUUCGGGGCGCGUCGCUGGUCCCGCUUGGCUCGCCUACAGCUGCGCCACUUUAACGAGCUGCCUCACGAACUGCGCGCGCGCCUGGCCCGCGCCUACCGCCCGGCCGCCGCCUUCCUGCGCGCCGCCGCGGCCCCAGCCCCUCUGCGCGCCCUGCUGGCCCGCCAGCUCGUCUUCUUCGCCGGCGCGCUCUUCGCCGCGUUGCUGGUGCUCACGGUCUACGACGAGGAUGUGCUCGCUGUGGAGCAUGUGCUCACCGCCAUGACCGCGCUCGGGGUCACGGCGACCGUGGCUAGGUCUUUUAUUCCCGAAGAGCAGUGCCAGGGGCGUUCCCCGCAGCUCCUGUUGCAGGCGGCUCUGGCCCACAUGCAUUACCUUCCCGAGGAGCCCGGCGCUGGCGGCAAAGCCAGUGCGUACCGGCAGAUGGCGCAGCUCCUGCAGUACCGAGCGGUCUCUCUUCUGGAGGAGCUCUUGUCCCCUCUGCUCACCCCGCUGUUUCUGCUCUUCUGGUUCCGCCCUCGUGCCUUGGAGAUUAUUGACUUUUUCCACCACUUCACUGUGGAUGUGGCCGGCGUCGGGGAUAUCUGUUCCUUUGCCCUCAUGGAUGUGAAGCGUCAUGGCCAUCCUCAGUGGCUCUCGGAGGGACAGACAGAGGCCUCGCUGUCUCAGCGUGCAGAGGAUGGCAAGACUGAGCUCUCACUGAUGCGGUUUUCCCUGGCACACCCGCAAUGGCGCCCACCAGGGCACAGCUCUAAGUUCCUGGGGCACCUUCGAGGCCGGGUGCAGCAAGAUGCAGCUGCCUGGGGCACCAGCUCAGCUCGGAGCCCCCCCACCCCGGGAGGGCUCAGCAGCUGCACCUCACCACUGCCUGAGGCUUUCCUGGCCAACCUCUUAGUGCACCCCCUCCUGCCCCCGAGGGACUUGAGCCCCACAACCCCCUGCCCGGCUGCAGCCACAGCCAGCCUCCUGGCCUCCAUUUCCCGUAUCGCCCAGGACCCCAGCUGUGUGUCUCCAGGGGGCACAGGGGGCCAGAAGGUGGCCCAGCUCCCGGAGCUGGCUUCUGCUGAAAUGAGUCUCCAUGCCAUCUACCUGCACCAGCUUCAUCAGCAGCUACAGCAGGAGCUGUGGGGAGAGGCUGAAGGCUCCUCCCCGUCCAGGCCCUGGUCCAGCCCCUCCCAGCCAGCCUCGCCAGAUGAGGAGAAGCCAUCCUGGUCCAGUGAUGGCUCCAGUCCUGCGUCCAGCCCCAGACAGCAGUGGGGAGCCCAGAGGGCCAGGAGGCUGUUCCCUGAAGGGUUUCACGAGACCAUGGAUACCCCGAAGGAGCCUGGUCAGAGCCCUGGUAGCGAAUGA